AUGGAUAAACUAGUAAAAGCGAUCGAGACGAAAAUCCAAUUCCUGAAGUUCACAAACGAGAAAACAGUAGAUAUCUUGGAGAAAAAUGACUUAGCAGGAAUGGAGAGACAGAGGAAGACUUUAGAAAGGAAAACCGAAGAAGUACACGCUUUAAAAGAGCAGAUUCAGGAAUUAAACUUUGAGAGCGGCGAAAACGUAGACAAUGUACGAGACUGGACGGAGAAAAUUGAAGGGAAACUGGCAGAAUUCGAGAACGCUAUACGGGAGUUGAAACACGAACAAGAUCGGGUUAAGGGCGAAGAAGAUUUGAAACUAGAACAAACUAAAUUUGAGCGUCGCAUGGAGCACGAGAAGGCCUUGUCUGAAAAUCGAGAAAAGUCCACAAGCGGAAAAAAUGGCGCCACCAAAUUGACGACAAAAUUACCGAAACUGGAGCUUGUCGAACCAAAAGUGCGGUCAUGUAUUGAUGGAUUACCAUUCACAUCAGAGGGAUAUGAACGAGCUAAGAACAUUUUGACGACUAAAUACGGCAAAACCAGCGAAAUCAUCAACGCUUAUGUUCAAAACAUCAUCAACCUGCCCAACAUUCAAGGAACUAAGCCUGGUAAAAUCCAUGCAUUUUAUGAAACACUACUAACAAGCGUACAAUCUCUCGAGACACUUGGGAAACUCAAGGAAGUAUCAGGCUAUGUCAGAAUGACAAUUGACAAACUAGAAGGAAUUCGAAGCGAUCUUGUGAGAACCGAUGACGACUGGCAAGAAUGGAGGUUUCCGGAGUUCAUCGAAGCGCUAAGAAAGUGGACGGUGAGAAAUCCAGUCAAACAAGAUGAUGGCUCUCAGGACAGGCAUAGCAAAUCAAGGAGCUUUCAAGUUCGUCAACAAGAGUCGAGAAUAAAGGGGUGUGUAUAUUGCAAUGAUACUAGUCAUCGAUCUGCUGAGUGUAAAAGGGUGGUCAGUGUUAGUGAUCGUAGAAGAAUUCUUGGAGAAAAGAAACUGUGCUUUAACUGUACGGGUCCCCGACACAAAGCGUCUGAAUGUCGUAGCCAACAAACAUGCCAACAUUGCAAAAGAAGGCAUCACUCAUCCAUCUGCGAUAAAAGACCAAAUGAGCAAGAAGGUGUUAAACCACAAACCGAACAAAUGCUGGUAGCAAAGGGGGAGAACAAGGUGAUAUAUCCAAUCGUUCUGGUCAAAGUUGACGGAAUUAUUUGCAGAGCACUUCUAGACACAGGGGCUGGGAGCUCGUACGCUUCAGGAGCGCUGGUGGAGAGAUUGAAUAAGCGACCGGUGCGGAAGGUGUUCAAAAGGAUAGAAAUGAUGAUGCAGUCUACAAGCCGUAUAAUUGAGGUACACGAAGUAACAAUCAGUGACUUAGACGAGAAACACAAGCUCAAAACUGAAGUAACAAAGGUCGACCGGAAUAACUUACUCCUCGUUGACAAUCCUAAAUAUGAAGAAGUUUUAAGUAAGUUUGAUCAUCUCAAGAAGAUCAAAACUGCUACGGAGCCCUGCAUUGGUGAACCUGGUGAACCAGUAGCUGAACUCACUAAAUUUGGUUGGACAUUGUUAUCACCAGGAACUGAGGAGGAUCUCACGAAAUCAUUGUUUGCAAGGUCUUCUAUGGAAGAUUACAGGAAAUUAUGCGACCUAGACGUGCUUGGUUUGGAAGAUCAGUCAAAUGGAGAUGAAACAAUCUACCAGGAUUUUAAAGAUCAGUUAAUCCAAAGUCCAGAAGGAUGGUAUGAGACAGGGCUUUUGUACAAGCCAACCACCAGCAGUCUACCUAGUAAUAAGGCAGGGAGCCUUGCGAGGCUUGGCAAAUUAGUCAAAAGGCUUGAGAAAAAGCCAAGACUCUUUGAACAGUACCAGCAGAUAAUGAAAGAACAAGAAGAACAAGGAAUCAUUGAGAAGGUGACACAUGAAGCAAAGGGACGUGAAUUCUACCUCCCACACAAACCGGUAGUCAGAGAAUCAGCAGAAAGUACUAAAGUUCGCGUGGUUUAUGAUGCCUCAGCCAAGGAAAGUGAAGACUCACCAUCAUUGAACGACUGUUUGGAAACAGGGCCGAUAUUACAGAAUCUCUUGUGGAAUGUUCUUGUGAGCAAUCGGUUCAAGCCUGUAGCACUUUCAGCGGAUUUAAAGCAAGCGUUCUUACAGAUCAGGAUAAAGCAAAAAGACCGAGAUGUCUUACGGUUUCAUUGGGUGAGCAAAGAAGACCCCAAGCAAGUCGAAGUUUACCGAUUUACGCGAGCUCUGUUUGGAUUAAAUCAAUCACCGUUUCUUUUAGCUGGGACACUCAAUCAACAUCUCAACAGUCAAGAACAGGAGUUUCCAAAAGAAGUAGCUGAGAUAAGAGAUAGCUUGUACGUUGAUGACCUGCUCACGGGAGGGUGCAUUGUGGAGGAAGUACAACAGUUGAAAGAAACCGCAAUCAAAAUCUUUGAUAGAGCUAAAUUCACUCUGCACAAAUGGCACUCAAAUCUUAAAGAACUGGAAGCGAGCGAGCCAGUGGUCAGUGACGCAGCGGUCGAUCAAAGUUACGCUGACCAACGACUGGGCGUUAGAGAAAAUGAGACAAAACUAUUGGGCAUGCCUUGGAACAAAAGCAAAGAUACAAUCGGUGUCCAUUUCCCCGAAAAAUUCAACGAAGAAAACGUAACAAAACGGAUAGUACUUAGCGAGAUUGCUUCAAUCUUUGAUCCUCUCGGUUUAGUUUCGCCAAUUAGUGUACUUGGAAAGAUGAUCUAUAGGGACAUCUGUGAAGCUAAUUUACCCUGGGACGAACAACUUUCUGAUAACCUGGUGCACCGUUGGCGCAACUGGUGUACUAGAGUACCAAGUAUAAUUGAAGUGCCCAGGAGUUUAGUCACACACAGAGAAAGGAUAGAAGCCAUAGAUUUGCACGCAUUUGGAGAUGCUAGUGGCCAAGGUACGUCGGCAGCCGUGUAUGCAGUUAUCCAACAAGGUAAGGGUAUCGGUCAAGGACUCGUAACAGCUAAAUCAAGAUUGGCAAAGAAAGGGUUGACCAUUCCAAGACUUGAGUUAGUCUCUGCUCAAAUGGCGGCAAGGCUGAUGGACAACGUGCGAUCCGUCCUUGAAGGGUUGCCUGUAAGGCAUUGUGUUGGAUGGCUUGACAGCAUGGUUGCCUUAUACUGGAUAAAUGGAAGUGGAAAUUACAAGCAAUUCGUAGCAAAUCGGGUAAAGGUAAUUAGAGAAAAGAAUUACAUUUCAUGGAGGCACGUAGGAACAAAAGAUAACCCCGCCGAUAUUGGAAGCCGAGGCUGCAACGGAGAUCAGUUGUCUGAAAAAUGGCUUGAAGGACCAAAAUGGCUUUCCAACCCUGAAAAAUGGCCUAGGGAAGUAAUCAUAGAAGCUACAGUUGAGACGGAAGCGGAAGUAAAGAAAUGCAAAGAAGUCUUCAUGCCUGCAGUUCAACUAGAGGAGGACAGGUUUUCAGCAAUCUUGGCGAAAUACCCCUAUUGGAAAACCAUGAGAAUAACAGCAUGGGUGUUCAGGUUCGUGUAUAACCUCAAGAAAAAACAGCAACGUCGACGGGGUCCACUCACGACUAACGAGCUACAAGCACAAGUUCUCUGGUGGCUGAAAAGAGAACAGCUGCGCUUUGAAAACUCGGAUCAGAUGAGAGAAGACACUCAACGCUUAAACCUUAAGAAAAAUGAGGAAGGAGUGCUGGAAUGUCGCGGAAGGAUGCAAGGAGAAUGCCCGAUCUACAUUCCACCAGAGUCCGAAUUAGCAAAGAAGUUGGUCAUGCACGAACAUUUACGCACUCUCCAUGGGGGAGUCAGUCUGACAAUGACUGCGGUGAGGAAAAUUACUGGAUACCACGUCUUCGACAACUCACAAAAAAGGUCAGAAGCAGAUGCAACGGUUGCAAGAGGUUCCAAGCGAGUGCAUUCGCCAAACCACCCACUGGCAACCUCCCAAAGGACCGCACAGAAGGAUCACGGCCAUUCCAAGUCAUAG